AUGGAUCAUAUGUUCGAGACGAAUCGUGAAUACAGUCCGCCGGAUGUCAAAAUGUCGCUGGAACAACAAAUGCCGGUGUUGAUGAAAGAGACGCAGAUGAGCGGUGACCGUAGCGGCACUGGGUCGCAGUGCGGUCUGACGUCACUGCUGCCCAUGUCCUGUCGUGGACGCGCCGCGGCGUUUGCACGAGACCUGCACUCGCGCCUGAGGAAUCUUGGUGCUACACAAGACAGUGAAUGUGAAAACAAUUGGCUUACUCGGGACCCCGCUGCAACGCAUCGACCUACUCCCUCAGCACCAAGGGAAUUAGACACGUUUUACGAUUUUGAAUUAGAAUGCGAGAGCCCUUCAAGUCCCGUAGAUGAAUACGAGGCCCCAUUCCCUGAACGUUCAUCUAAAGUAAAUUCUGAGCCACCUUUCUACGAUGUAGAUUCUGACACGAAUAUCAAAGACCAAAAUGUAGAUUCAUUUGAAGAAGAUGCCUCAGUUGACGCAGUAGACAUUAAUGUAGCGGCAGAAAAUAAUAUUGACUGCAAUGCAACUGAAAUCAUAACCAGUGAAAUACCUGCAGAAAAAGAUGUAUCUCCUGCUCCAGAUAUCGAUCCCAAGUUUUUAAGCACAGAAUCUAAAGAAGAUGAAGAAGCAGAAGAUGAUCGGCCACAGCGGGUUGUCAGUCUUAGUGACGGAGGCGGUGAAGAAGAACGAGCCAGAGUCCGGCGGGUCCGGAACAGUAAACACGCUCAAAAGAUUGGAGUUUCUGAUGAUAUCAGGCAAACGUAUAUAGUGCCUAUAUCGACAACGAUCGACUUCUCAGAGAAGCAA